AGCAGCGCUCUUCUGGUAAACGGGUAACGAGACAGAGAGAAUACCCUCCCUGUGAACCGUUGCUGUGUCUUCCACACCCUUGGAACUGAGAGCAUGUCUGAUUCUGCCUCUCUUUGAAGUUAUGGAGUUGGACAACAAACUCAAGCUGGACAGCCACCAUGAGUCACCCACUGACAGAGUGGGUCGGCGGCGCAGCAUGCCGAGCAGCACAGUGGACAAAACGGUGGUCACCAUGGAUUCAGACACGUCAACACCUUUUAAAGUCACGGGCUUCUUGAGCCGCAGAUUGAAGGGUUCCAUCAAACGCACCAAAAGCCAGCCGAAGCUCGACCGUCACAGCAGCUUCAGGAACAUCUUGCCGGGCUUCAAAAGCACGGAGAAUGACAGUAGAUCCCAUCUGAUGCCGAGGCUGAAGGAGUCACGGUCUCACGAGUCGUUGCUCAGCCCCAGCAGUGCAGUAGAAGCUCUAGAUCUCAGUAUGGAGGAGGAAGUGCUCAUCAAACCUGUGCACAGCAGCAUCCUGGGACAGGAUUUCUGCUUCGAGGUAACUACUUCAACAGGAAGCAAAUGCUUCUCAUGUCGGUCGGCUGCCGAGAGAGACAAAUGGAUGGAGAAUUUGAGACGUGCUGUGCAUCCAAACAAGGAUAACACCCGUCGGGUGGAAAACAUGCUGAAAUGUUGGAUUAUUGAGGGCAAGGACUUGCCAGCAAAGAAAAAAUACUUCUGCGAACUUUGUCUAGAUGACACGUUAUAUGCACGGACUACCUGCAAACUCAAAACGGACAAUGUUUUCUGGGGUGAACACUUUGAGUUCAACAACCUGCCCUCAGUUAAGAGCAUCACCGUGCACCUUUACAAGGAAACAGACAAAAAGAAAAAGAAAGACAAAAAUAAUUACAUCGGGCUGGUCAAUAUUCCCAUAGCAGCGGUCACUGGGCGACAGUUUGUGGAAAAAUGGUAUUCAGUGAGCACGCCGAAUCCCAAUAAAGGAAAGACUCCGGGGCCCAUGGUCCGAAUGAAAUCUCGAUAUCAAAGCAUGAGUAUCCUCCCCAUGGAGAUGUACAAGGAGUUUGCAGAGUAUAUUACUAAUAAUUACAUGUUAAUGUGCUCGGUGCUGGAGCCAGCACUUAGUGUGAAGAACAAAGAGGAGAUGGCUUGUGCACUUGUUCAUAUCCUGCAAAGCACAGGCAAGGCCAAGGACUUUCUGACGGAUCUGAUGAUGUCCGAGGUGGACCGUUGCGGAGACAACGAGCAUCUCAUAUUCCGUGAAAACACUCUGGCCACUAAAGCUAUAGAGGAGUACCUGAAACUAGUGGGACAGAAGUACCUACAGGAUGCUUUAGGUGAAUUUAUCAAAGCCCUUUAUGAGUCAGAUGAGAACUGUGAGGUGGAUCCCUCUAAGUGUUCCUCCAGCGACCUGCAUGAACACCAAAGCAACCUGAAGAUGUGCUGUGAGCUGGCUUUCUGCAAGAUCAUUAACUCUUACUGCGUAUUUCCACGGGAACUCAAGGAAGUGUUUGCAUCAUGGAGGCAGGAGUGCAGUAACCGUGGACGACCGGACAUCAGUGAACGUCUGAUCAGUGCAUCUCUCUUCCUGCGCUUCCUGUGCCCUGCCAUUAUGUCGCCCUCACUCUUUAGCCUCAUGCAGGAAUAUCCUGACGAUCGUACGGCACGCACGCUCACUCUCAUCGCCAAAGUGACGCAAAACCUUGCCAACUUUACCAAAUUUGGCAGUAAGGAGGAGUACAUGUCCUUCAUGAAUCAGUUCUUGGAGCAUGAAUGGACGAACAUGCAGCGUUUUCUGUUGGAGAUCUCCAACCCAGAGACCAUCUCUAACACAGCAGGUUUCGAGGGUUAUGUUGACUUGGGCCGUGAACUCUCCUCUCUCCAUUCUCUUCUGUCAGAAGCUGUCUCACAGCUUGAUCAGAGUACUACCACUACGCUGGGUCCUUUGGCACGAAUCCUGCGGGAUGUGAAUUUAGCCCUGACGAACCCCACCGGAGUCCCUAUGUCAUCUCCAACCGAGCGUGUGGGCUCGCCUGGACUACCCAGCAGCAGCCUGUCAACCGGUCUGCAGAAGAUGGUCAUGGACAGUGAGAUCACAGGGUUAGUGGAUUUCACUCGCCUGCCCUCGCCAACCCCCGAAAACAAGGAUCUGUUUUUCGUAACGAGGAACUCUGUGAUUCAACCAUCACCCGCCCGCAGCUCAAGUUACUCCGAAGCCAACGAGCCAGAUGUUCAGAUUCCUAAUGGCAGCAAGAGUUUGUCCAUGGUGGACUUGCAGGACAGUCGUUCUCUGGAGAGCGCUCCCAAUACCUCCUACAGUGAUCCCAUCAAUGACAGCCAGACUGGAGGAACUGGAGUAUGGACCACCCGCACCGUUAAGGGCAACACACCCAGCGGUCCAACCCUGAGAAGGGCAGGUCAGACCCCCACAACACCGAGCACAGAGAGCGCCCCAGGGAGGUCCCAGCUGCUCGCCCCCCUGUCCUUCCAGAACCCAGUGUACCAGAUGGCCACUGGAUUGUCCGUGUCACCCCGUGCCGAUUCGGGAUCCGAAUGCCAGAGUUCCAUCAGCUCCCAGAGUAACGCAGAGGAAGCGGCGACUGUGGGGCCAAAGCACCCGUUUUUAAACCAAUCCAGUACCGGUGCCAGCGGUGCAGGGGGCAGCAGUGGGGAUGAGUUUGUUAGACGGUCUGGAGAGUUCACACGCAGACAGCUGUCUAUCACCGAGACCCAACACCAAACCAACGUACCACGCCUGAACAGCACAGGCCCACAACGUAGGAUAGAUCAACCACCUCCAGCAGUCACAAGGGGCCGCACUCCACCCAACAUGCUCAACACCGCCCCCUACCCCCGUCCCUCCAGUGGCAGUAUGAUGUCAUCGUCUCCUGAUUGGCCAAGCAGUGGCACUAGACUGAGACAGCAGUCAUCAUCAUCAAAAGGGGACAGUCCAGAAUCCAAGCAACGUACCCUGCACAAACAAGCUCCAUCUCCUGUGAAUCCAAAUGCAUUGGACCGCACUGCUGCAUGGCUGCUGAAUAUGAAUGUGCAAUACUUGGAGCAGGAAGGAAUUGACCCAGAUUCGAAGCACCGGGAGGACUUUCCAAACAAAGAAGAUCUCACACAAACUGAAAAGUAUCAGCAGGAGAUAGCUCUCCUGCAGGAGAAGCUGCAUAUUUCUGCUAAGAAGCUGGAAGAGUAUGAAUCUCUCAUGAAGAGCCAGGACAACCAGACCCAGAAGAUGCUCCUGGAGUACCAGGCCCGACUGGAGGACACAGAGGAGCAAUUACGCAAGCAGCAGGAUGACAAAGAGCUCCAAAUGAAGAGCAUCAUCACCAGGUUGAUGUCAGUUGAAGAAGAACUGAAGAAAGAUCAUGCAGACAUGCAGGCCAUCGUCGACUCUAAGCAGAAAAUCAUCGAAGCCCAGGAAAAGAGAAUCGCAUCACUGGACGCAGCUAACACUCGGCUAAUGAGCGCUCUGUCUCAACUUAAGGACCGUUACAGCAUGCAAACGAGGAACGGCAUCUCUCCCACCAACCCUUCUAAGCUGCAGAUCACGGAAAAUGGAGAAUUCCGGAAUAGCAGCAACUGCUAGCUGGAUACAAACACACAGGUCCGCAGGCCUAGUGAUGGACAAGGGCUAUGGAGAACUCUUACAAUAAGACAAUAUGGAAAAGUGGCACUUGAAUGAUUUAAGAUUGACUUUACAAAGUCCUUAGUAUGCGAGCGGAAAUAAUUCAGUAUAUCAAGGAUAUGAAACUCUUUGGCUUUGGCAAAAUGUCUUGUGGAAAUGAAACCAACAAGUUAUACCAGUUUGUGCACUCUGUAUAUAAAGGUUAUUAAGUCUUUUUGAGUUAUUUUAGAUUAUUAGCCAUGCCAGAAUCUUAUGUCCAGUCGAAUAUUCCCAUGAUGUUUCAUUCAUAGUCCUUGUCACAAGAGCAUUUUUUAUGCCAUCUAUAGAUUUGAACUGCGCAUAGACGCCAUUUGGGUUCAACUUUCACAAAGUUAGCAUGCUGAAAGUGGUCAUUGGUAUGUAAUUAUUUGUUUAAACGCUAUUUAAGUGUUACUUUAUAAUUUUCCAUUAGACCAGAACCACUUUUUUGGUACAUUUCAUGUAAACAUUUCCUAAGACUUUUUUGUUGCUUUUUUCACAGCAGGGCAGCAGUAGCACACACAUACACAAAAAAAAUAUAUAUAGAUAUUUUUUUUUAUUUUUUAUUAUUAUUAUUUUUAUGGUAAAGAGAGAACUUUAAACAUCACAUUUUGUUGCAUACUUUGUAUGUGGAUAACAUUUUAGUCUAUAUGGAGGUGAUAAACCUCAUUAAUGUAAAAAAAAAAAACAAUUUUUUUUUAUUGGCUUUUCAGAGAAAAUAGAUUUUUUUCUUUUUUGUACAGUGUGUAUUACCUGUGCUGAGGUCUGCUGUAAUGUGUUAGAAGAAUAAAAAUAAUAAUAUAAGCUCCGAUUGUAAAUUCAGGUGCUGCUUCUAGACCGGGCAAAGUUGAACACAAAAUUUAAAGGGACAGUUCACCCAAAAAUUUAAAUUCUGUCAUCUUUGUUUCAUACAAUUGAAGUAAAUGGUGACCUGGACUGUCGUUCUACCUAACAUCUCCUUUUGUUUUCCAUGGAAGAAGGAUUAAGUCACAUGAGUUUGGAACAACAUGAGGAUAAGUAAAUGAUGACAGAUUUAUAUAUCUUUUUUUUCGGUUAACUAUCCCUUUAUCGCUCUGUGCUCAUAAAAGAAAACAGUCUAUCAAUGCUAAGACAUGGAUAAAAGCAAUCUUGCUGCUUGCUGUAUUCACGUGGCCAGUAUUAGACUCCGUAUUGAGCAUCAUACCUACAGUACAACCAGUAUCUAUCCCCCACGAUAUCUUGUAUUCCACUAUAUGCACUUUCUAUAGCAUUAGAAUGGACCCUUUAACCAAAACCUGCUUCUGCGGACUUGUUAUAAAGGCUAUUCAGAGCAGCAAGUAUAAAGCAUAAAACAUUCAGCACUUCUACUGGAUGAAAAUGGUUUGAGAUGAUGUGUGAAGUGUGUCAUGGGCAGAUGAUGCCAUUGCAUUGGCUGUGAAGUAUAUUGAUUUACUUAGGUUGUGGUGUUUCCCUGUUUUUUACAAAAAAUGCAGUUUCACUUAAAAUCUGUGCAGCAUGGCAUUAGUGGCAUCAAUUCUACAGACAGACCCUGCAAAGGUUCACUAUAAUAUUACUAGUAUUAAACUAGCCUGUUCUUGGUCGAGUUUUAGCUUAAAAGGAUAGUACACCUAAAAAUGAAAAUUCUGUCAUCAUUUAAUCACCCUCAUGUUGUUCCAAACACAUAUGAAUUUCUUUAUUCCGUUGAACACAAAAGGAGAUGUUAGGCAGAACGUUAGCCUCAGUCACCAUUUACUUUAAGUGCAUCUUUCCAGUAAAAGUGAAUGGUGACUGAGGCUAAAGAAAGAAAGUCAUGCAGAUUUAGAGCAACAUGUCGGUGAUUGAGGCCAUGUUAAGACUAUUACUGUUUUGUUUUUUGUUUAAAAACGCAUGAAUUUUGUUGUGUUUUGACCUUCCAUCCACACUGAGACGUCAUUUUUGUCCAGCGAAAACUGAGCUUUUCGAAAACACUCUCCCAAGUUAAUAGAUUUGAAAACGCUACCUUCAAGUUGUAGUGUGGACAGGGAAAACAUAGAUAUUCAAAAACUAUGACAUAUUUUUUGCUAUGUUAUGCAGUCAUGUGAUCCAUUCAACCCAAAACAAUCAAGAUAGCAGCCCAUGUUGUAGCGGCGUUCUUGUGCCUGCUAUCCACUUUGAUAGCAUUGUUAAUGAUAAAUGUUUCUUUGUAUAACAUUCACAUUGCAUUCCUUCAAAGGUGACGGAAAGAUUAUGCGGAAUUGCUGUCCGGCAAUUCCGCAUAACACGAGAACAAUUGCUUUUCAGACUGUACAUGAAAAUGACGCAGGGCCAGGCUUCUUAUGUUUUUUGCUGCAUGCGCAGUAAGGGGAUUUAAGAGUUUUCAUAUGUUUCAGUGUGGAUGAGCAACUUUCGGAAAACGUUUGAAAACAGAAGUGUGGACAGCGAGCAUUUCGAAAAUAUAAAACGCCGUUUUCAAAUAUAUCAGGAUUCAUGUGGAUGUAGCUUGAAUGAUUUUUGGGUGAACUAUCCCUUUAAAUGAAUUGUUAUUCAUAUGAGGUUAGCUGAGAGUAGAUUUUAAAACCACCGGUUUCAUUGUCAGUUUUUCUUUUUAUAUACAUUUUUCCAGGAUGAAAUACCUUUAUUUGGGGCCAACAAAUGGAAUCAUUUUGAACAGUUGCUAGGCCAAACCACUUUCUGCUAUAUCUCAUAUUGAACAUCUCCAAUUCUCAGAAUUUUACUUAUCUUUUUUAAUAUCGUACAAACUCGAAAGUGUGCUCUGUUUGUUUUUUGUAUGGAAUUAUUAUUAUUAUUUUUUUUUUUAUGUUUUAAAUUAUGUUCAGCUCCUUAAUUUAUUUAAAUAUAUGUUGUCACAACCCCAAGGUUAAGACUACUUAUUGAUGUUUGCUGGAGAUUUCCGAAAUUAGCUCAGAAAAAGACAUACAAUUUCUUAAAGACUCAUAUCUUUGCUAAUAUUCUUAAAGGCACACUCAGCUAUUUCUGUUGCACUGGUUGAAAUGGCAGGUCUUAUACUGACAUCUUGCGGUGUGGACGCAGCAUCACACCCAAUAAUUAUGUUAACAAUGCCAUGGUAGAAAUGCGGUUAGGGGUUUUUUUUAGGGGAUUUACCAAGAUAAAAAUUAAUAGUAUUUGGCAGGUCAUGUAGCACAAAUUAAUGUAAAAUGAAAAGUAUUAGGCUACGGGCAAAACUGGAGUCUUCAUCUCAUGUGAAUGAGAUCAUUUAAUAAAAUAAUUCUGAGUGCACCUUUAAGAUAUAGAGUAAUUUAGUAAAUGAAACAUGUCAUAUUAACAUUUUGAAUAGUACUGGCAAUAGUACUGCACAUUAAAACACUUUCCUCCUCCAUGUUUUUCCUCCAUUCAAACAUGAAAGUCAUAGAGCUGCUCUUUUGUAAAACUUUAAAAGCAGACAACAUAUAUAUAUAUAUAUAUAUUCACAUAGGGCAUGAAUUUAUGUCAAUAACAAAACAAGAAGUAAAAAUUUCAUCAUCUUUUGUUUGUUUCAGUAACACUGACUGGUUCACUACAUGUACAUUCAUGAACAGAAGACAUACCAAUAUAUGACAAGUCAUUACUUGUGUUGAAGAAAAUGUUCUGUGCAAUUUAUGUACAAUUGCCUCUAAAAUUAUUAAAGAUUUAUUUAGCUUUUUCCAGGUUUGAAUUCAUUUGUUAGUUUGCUGUACAGUCCAAGAAAAAUACUGUUGUUGAGAACAAGAUAUAUUGUUUCACUUGUGUAAAGUUAAAUAAAUGCUAUGGACAGACUGUAUAUAUAUAUCCAGGACAUGUAGAAUGCCAUUGUCAAUAUGGGUGCACUAAAAUGAGUGCCAUACAAAAUAAAAGCAAAAUAUUUGUCCACAA